GCUCAGCUUCCUUUCAGCGGUAGACCGUUGCCUCGCGCACCACUAAGCGCUUUUUGUUGUGAGACGCAGAGGGUUGCGGAGUCAUGGGUAAGCUUAAGGAAUUCGAUAUUACUUUCACCAACAACAAGGUGGUCUACAGCCCUGGCGAAUCCAUAAGUGGGUCUGUGAAAAUUACAACCGGUACCUCACUGCAAUAUAAGGCCAUUAAGGUGAACUGCCUGGGAUCAUGUGGGGUCUCCAACAAAAUGAACGACAUGUCAUGGACACUGGAAGAGCAAUACUUCAGCAGCACACUGUCUGUAGCUGACAAAGGUACCCUGGCAGCUGGCGAGCACAGCUUCCCUUUUCAAUUUCUCAUUCCAGUGGCUGCCCCGACCUCCUUUGAAGGGCCCUUUGGGAAGAUUGUUUACCGUGUGAGAGCCGUCAUAGACACACCUCGCUUCUCCAAGGACUACAAGGCCCAGAGGCCCUUCUACCUACUUAACCUGCUCAACCUCAACCAAGUGCCCAACAUUGAGCAACCCAGUUAUACUGUGACCACUAAGAGGUUCAGCUACCUCCUGGUGAAGACGGGCACCCUCAUGAUGAAGGCUUGCAGUGACCAGAGGGGAUACACACCAGGCCAGAUCAUCAGACUAGCCACUGAGAUCCACAACAAGUCAGGCAAGGACACGGGCUGUGUGCUGGCCAGCCUCAUACAGAAAGUGACUUAUAAGACCAAACGGGCUGUUUUCGACCUGCGGACCAUAGCAGAGGUAGAGGGGGCGGGAGUGAAGGCGGGGAAACACGCUGAGUGGCGGGAGCAAAUCAUCGUACCGCCCCUCCCCCAGUCUGGCCUGGCCGGCUGUAGCCUUAUAGAGAUCGAUUACUUCAUCCAGGUAUCACUAAAGUCCCCCGAGACAGUUGUCACUUUACCCAUCUACAUCGGGAACAUCGCUGUCAACUUGAUCCCGUCACGACCUAUGCCCUCAAUUCCAGCCACAACAACCAUCAGCCCCAACCCCGGCCCAGAAGGGGUUACCCCGAGCGCGCCCCCGGCUGAGGAGGACUUGGAGGAGGUGUUGGGUGCAGGGGGUUUGGUUAGCGAAGAGAUCCCCACAAAGAGUCACUCCCAGCAGGACCAAUCCGGCCAGCCCCCCACCAUGUCCCCCAGUGUAUUCAGCUACGCUCCCGGUGUAGAUUUCCCCCCCAGCCAGCGACGUGCCAAUGACACCUCAACGCCUCUGUUCUGUGUGUCUACUGGGGCCACCAUCCCCUUCUUCACAGAAGGAAAUGCCACCCCAGUACCCACGUCCUGUCCUCUCAUACUCCCCCCUGAGUACAGCACCUGGGACUUCACACAUGAACCCCCUCCCACAUAUGAGGAGAGCUGCAGCAGUAACAACUCCAGCUUCAACAACAGCAGACCGCAGGAGUGAGGACUGAGCAUAGUGCAGCUCACAACCACAAUUACACUCCCUAAAGGACCAAUAGGAUACUGCAACCCUUUCUCCAAGUGCACAGAACUUGCUCUCCUCCUAAAUAUUACUUUAAAAUAUAUUUUUUUAUAGGGAUCAUAUCAGAUUUUUGUAUUAUAGUUUAUACCCUCUUCUCCCUGGCUUAAAGGACCUGCUGUUAUAUAGAUGGAAUGAGAGUGCAAAUUCCCUGUGCAUAACAGGAGGACUUCAGAGACAACUUAUAGAAGGUAGGAUAUUCCAUAAUUGGAGUCUAUUGGAGACUGAACGUAGUGGGUAAUACAAAUUGUGAAUAUUCUUGCAUUGUUGACUUGAAAUUGUUGUAGGCCUGCUACUAUAUCUCAUUUUUCAUCCUUCAAACACAACCAAAAUCUGGUCUUUAUUGGAGUUUCCUUCCAAAUGUGCACACUACUGUAAUUCCGAACCACUUCCACCGCAGUGGCUCCCUCUUUUGAUGAGAGGAGUAGGGGUGACCUAGCUGGACAUGAGGUUCUUAGCAUGUCUACCCCCUGGUGGCCAUCAACAGAAGAGAAUGGAGCCUAUUGGAAAAGCUUCAGAUCUUCACUUAAGUUCAAUGAUGCCUGCUGACGAAGAACAUACUCCAUCAACCUCUGAUCUACUGACAAGGAGCUUCUGGAAUGUGCAUCUUAUCUUGUCACACCUCGUCAUCCUGAAACAGACAAGCGGGACAAUGUACUCUUGGGUAUGCAGGGGAACUGACGUAGCAAGGGUUAAUAUGCAUUUAUGACAUCUAAUGCAAACACCAACUUUUCUUUCACCUUCUUUACCCUGAAUUAAUGGAGAUGAUCUGUUGAUUUUCCCCAUGUGGCCUUAACUCAUUCUGUUCUAACUACAUUACUAUGUGCUGAUGAAGAGUUGUCUUCAGGGUUGCUGUUGCUUUUGAAAUGGCAGUCCAUGCUGAUCAAAUGUGUUGGUGUGACAACCAACAGUGUUAAAUGUUCAAGCACAAGACAGCACUUUUUGACAGUUUGAAAACUGUGCAUGUAUCUGUUUUUGUGUGUGAAAGAGUAUAUAGUGUACCAGUUUGUGUGUGAAUGGGUAUAUGGUGUACCAGUUUGUGUGUGAAUGGGUAUAUGGUGUACCAGUUUGUGUGUGAAUGGGUAUAUAGUGUACCAGUUUGUGUGUGAAUGGGUAUAUAAUGUACCAGUUUGUGUGUGAAUGGGUAUAUAGUGUACCAGUUUGUGUGUGAAUGGGUAUAUAAUGUACCAGUUUGUGUGUGAAUGGGUAUAUAGUGUACCAGUUUGUGUGUGAAUGGGUAUAUAAUGUACCAGUUUGUGUGUGAAUGGGUAUAUGGUGUACCAGUUUGUGUGUGAAUGGGUAUAUAGUGUACCAGUUUGUGUGUGAAUGGGUAUAUAAUGUACCAGUUUGUGUGUGAAUGGGUAUAUAGUGUACCAGUUUGUGUGUGAAUGGGUAUAUAAUGUACCAGUUUGUGUGUGAAUGGGUAUAUGGUGUACCAGUUUGUGUGUGAAUGGGUAUAUAGUGUACCAGUUUGUGUGUGAAUGGGUAUAUGGUGUACCAGUUUGUGUGUGAAUGGGUAUAUGGUGUACCAGUUUGUGUGUGAAUGGGUAUAUAGUGUACCAGUUUGUGUGUGAAUGGGUAUAUGGUGUACCAGUUUGUGUGUGAAUGGGUAUAUAGUGUACCAGUUUGUGUGUGAAUGGGUAUAUAGUGUACCAGUUUGUGUGUGAAUGGGUAUAUGGUGUACCAGUUUGUGUGUGAAUGGGUAUAUAGUGUACCAGUUUGUGUGUGAAUGGGUAUAUAGUGUACCAGUUUGUGUGUGAAUGGGUAUAUAAUGUACCAGUUUGUGUGUGAAUGGGUAUAUAGUGUACCAGUUUGUGUGUGAAUGGGUAUAUAGUGUACCAGUUUGUGUGUGAAUGGGUAUAUGGUGUACCAGUUUGUGUGUGAAUGUGUAUAAAGUGUACCAGUUUGUGUGUGAAUGGGUAUAUAGUGUACCAGUUUGUGUGUGGCUGUGUAUAAAGUGUACCAGUUUGUGUGUGGCUGAUCGCCCCUCCUGUCUUUGAUAGUUGAUAGUGUUGGACAUCUCAAUUUGAAAGCCAAACAUCAGGCAACAUCAUCCACUCUGUUUGUAUGAGUGUUUGUUUUGUAUGUCUGUCUUGUUUCUGUCUCAAUUACAGCAUCCUUUUUUAUAAGCCAACCUCAUUGUGGCUUAUGUAUUCACAGAGUUGUAUGAAACAACCUUUAGCACCUGCUGUGGGAAUACAUGUACCGCCAUCCCUCCUCAAAAGGUAGCCUAUAUAGUACAGUCUCAGAACAAAUUCUUAUUUUUAAUAAGGUAUCAGCUCUGAAAGAACCAUAGAAAUGACACCUGUAUUUACCAUGUGCUAUUCCGUUAUCUCCAAGAUUACUACGGCAGCUAGGUUCUCGAGUCAUUUCAGGCUGCCUUUAUCAAUCCUGCCCCAUUGUUUGUAUUUCUCUUCACGAAAGUACUAUAGCUUUAUAAACUCCGACAUGUUUUUCAUUGUCCAUUCUUUUCCCCUCACAAAUGGGUGUGUGGUUUUGUAUUUUUCUAUUUGUAAACUGUUUUCUGGUGCAUAUGGUAGCCAUUUGAGAAAGAGAAAAUAUUCUGGAAAAUAGUAGCAUCCUGGUUAAUCAAUGUAAUAUUUCAACUUGUCCAAAUUGUACAGUGUACCAAUAAAAUUAACUGUCAUAUCA